AUGGCCAAGUUGCCGCCCAACAAUCCUCAUGCUCCAGUCUCACUGUCAGAAUAUCAACGUUCGCCAUUUAUUUGCAACGUGACAAAAUCCAUUCAGCGAGGUGAAAUGCCAAAGACUACCCAACAAUUCACCCAUGGCGACUACACCGUCGGAUGGAUAUGUGCUCUGCCAGAAACUGACUUGGUGGCUUCAGCGGCCAUGUUGGAUGAAGAGCACCCAACGCUUCCAGCGGCGGAUCCUCAAGACGCGAACUCCUACCUUCUUGGCCAUAUCGGUGAAUGUAGCGAGGAUGAGGAAGGUUCGGAUGAUGAGACGAAAGAUACACAAGAUCUGCGACUUUGGGAUGUGGUGGUCAGUUUGCAUUCGAAGCCAGCCGAAGCUAUCGUGCAAUAUGAUUUCGGCAAGUCAUUGCAGGGAAAGGAGGUCGUUCAUACUGGGGGUAAACUGAACAAACCCCCAGGCAUCCUCCUGAGUGCUGUUGGUCGACUCCAGGCCCAGCAUGCAUUGAAGGGUCACGGGAUCUCCGAGCUGCUGAUCAAAAUGAGGUCGGACUAUCCGGCAAGCACUGCAAAGUUCCAGACGGUAUUAUGUGCUUUGAGAUGGAGGCUGCUGGCUUAA